AUUUUGUACGUACAUGUAUUGAAUUUUGCUUCCUACAGAUUUUGAGGUUUGUGUAAUAUCUAUAAAAUAUAGCAAUAAUCAUGGUUAAACAAAGAAAAGAGUCCUCAAAUAUAAAAAAGAAGAAGAGGAGUAAUGUUGCCAGCAAAUCAACCAAAGUAGCAAAAUCAUUACCAAAGACCAAAGGAAAAUCCACCAGAAGUGAACUUUUGGCUGCCAAGAUAUUAGCACACAAAACAAAAAAUGAAGCAAUCAAGCUUAUGCAGAAACCGGUGAAGAUAGACAAUCGUGAGUUCACAGAUCUGUCUCUAUAUGAAGAAGUUAAUGAGCUCAAUGUUCUGGGAGUGGAUGAGGAGUCUGGUGCUGCCUACACUGAGGACUGGAAGAAAGGCUCUUCAUCCCAGGGACACAAUCAUAAAACCUUGAAGUCAAUAAAGCUGGUUAAACCUCCUGAGAAAUUGAAGAAAACCACUACUAAAAAGUUAACAAAUAAACAUCACCAUGAUUUAUCAGCAGAUAAUGAAAUAGAAUCCCUCCUUGAUCCAUCUGACGUCACAUUGAAGAAAAAGAAAGCAAAAAAAGUUCCUGUAGUUAAAUCAACUUAUGACAAGCCAGCAAUUACAAAUGGCAAGAAGCCUGACACAAAAGACAGCGGCAUUGAUGACAUCAGUAUUGGAAGCUCCCCAGCAAGUGGCAGGCCUGUUGAUGUCAGUGCUUGGGAUGAUCUUGGCAUCCCUGAACCACUUCUAGAUGUUAUCUCUGAACUUGGCUUUUCAACUCCCACACAAAUUCAGGCAUUGUCCAUUCCCCCUGCCAUACGAGGAGGGAAAGACAUCCUUGGUGCUGCAGAAACAGGAAGUGGAAAAACCCUUGCAUUUGGGAUACCCAUCAUAGCUGGUGUUCAUCGCGAUCGUCUGAGGAGACAAGAAAAGCAGAGGCAAAAAGACAUUCUCUCCAAACUCAGUGAAGAAACUCAAGCCAGGAAACGAAAACGGGCACAAGCCAUGGACAGUGACGAGGAAGAUGAGCUUGGAUUCAAUUCUGGAAAUACCAAUCACGAGUCUGAUGAUGAGUCUGAGGGCGCCAAUGAGAGUGGUGAUGAAGUUGAGGAAUACUUGUUUAAUGGGCCUGAUGGGGUAUUGGAUGUAGACUAUUCUGAGCUGGAGGAGAGGCGGAAAGAUACUAAGAAACGGGUCUGUGAUCAACAAAAUACUAAGAGUGCAGAUGAUUCUGAAGAUGACAGCAAUACUGGUGAAGAUGAUGGCAUUACUGAUGAAGAUGACAGCAAUACUGGUGAAGAUGAUGGUAUUACUGAUGAAGAUGACAGCAAUACUGGUGAAGAUGAUGGCAUUACUGAUGAAGAUGAUAACAGUACUGAUGAAGAUGGCAACGAGAGUGAUGAAGAGGGAGGUGAACUUAGUGAAGCUGAGGCUACAGAUGAUUCUGACUUAGAUGAUGAACAAGAGAUUAAUUCAGAAGAAGAAAGAGAGUCUGAUAGUGGGAAUGACUUGGAAAUAAACUCUGAUGCUGAGCAGUCACUGCAGUCUGAUGAUGAUGAAGAUCAUGAGGAUGAGCAGAACUCAGAUGCUGCCAGCAGUGACGACCUCGGCAGUGAUGACGAGUCUGACAUUGAGUAUGACGAGAAUGAUGAUGGUGAAGAUUUGAAGUGUGUGCGAGUAAUCAAUAAUGUCAAGUUUCCAUUUGAAGAAAUCCGGAAACCCAAGUUUGUGGAGACGUCUGAGGAGAAGUUAGUGAGGGCACUCAUUCUGACACCCACCAGAGAACUUGCAGUACAGAUCAACCGUCACUUAUCACCUCUAUGUGAGCGUAUGGGCGUCACGUCGUGCGUUCUGGUGGGCGGCCUCGACGCCUACAAGCAGAAAAGGAUCUUGAGACGCACGCGCCCAGAGCUUGUCGUUGCCACGCCUGGCAGGCUGUGGGAGCUCAUACACGAGGGCGUGGAUCAUCUCAAGGAACUUCGAGGCGUCAGAUACUUGGCCAUUGAUGAAGCUGACCGCAUGAUAGACAAGAAAAAUUUUGAGGAAGUUCACAAGAUCGUGCGGUUGUUGGGCGACGGCACCGCCAAGAACAAGGCAAGCUCCAACCGACAGACCUUCGUCUUCUCUGCAACCCUGACGCUCGUUCAUCAACUGCCUGACCGCAAGCUACUCAAAAACAAGGCCAAGAAGAAGGAAGUUCCCGAUGAGAAGUCCAAUGCAAAACUUCAGCAUUUGGCCAAGAUGGUGGGCAUGAAGCCCUCCGCCAAGAUCUUGGACGUGACUCGUAAGCACGCGACUGCCCAGAACCUCACUGAGUGCCGAAUUAACUGCGAACGCGAAGAGAAAGACGAGUAUCUCUUCUACUUUCUGGUUCGUCACCCUGGCCGCACGAUCGUCUUUUGCAACAGCAUUGAGGCGACCAAGAGACUCAAGUCUCUCUUCACCCUCCUCAAGUGCAACGCCCAGGAGCUGCACGCAUCAAUGCAUCAGAAGCAGCGUUUGCGCAACCUGCAGCAGUUCAGCAACAGCGACAAGAGCCUCCUCAUCACGACGGACGUGUCUGCCCGCGGCCUCGACAUCAAGGGCGUCGAGCAUGUGGUGCACUACCAGGUCCCCUUCACUGCCGAGUCAUACGUUCACCGAAGUGGUCGCACAGCUCGAGGUUCUAACAGCGGCCUCAGCUUAGUGUUCGUGGAGCCGAAGGAGGUGCUGCGUUUCAGACAAAUUUGCAAGACGUUGGGAAGAACUGACGUUAAUGAUAUCCCCUUGUUUGCCGUCAAUGAGGGGCUCCUCGAACAGGUGCAAGAGCGAGUGCAGCUGGCGACAGCUCUGGAAAAGUUGCUGCACCAGAUCCGCCGUCAGGAUGAGGACAGCAAAGAUCAAAGUGAACUGCAGGAAGCUGGCCUCAAUGUUUCAGAUGACGAGAUGGACCAAGAGGACUUGUAUCUGUUACCAUCCGAGCAGCAACGACGCAUUCGUUCGGGAGGUCGCAAGGGCGAAGUCAAAAUCCUUCAGAGGCGUCUAAACGAGGCCUUGAAAGCACCCCUGGUCGGGGCCAUGUUCUCUUUUCGCAACCCGACUAGCAGAACUGCGCUGGCCGCCGGGCUUGGCACAGACGCCGGUUCCAUUCCUUCUGAACUGAUAGGAGUGAACCGCGUUGACACCCUCACAGAGGACCCAGAGCUGUCUUACAUAGAGCGCUAUGAUUACGAUCAUUACGGUGAUCACACCAGUGCUGCUCCUAACAGCAAGUCUUCGAUGCUCCUCAAGAAACACAGAAAAGACAUGGCCAAGCUAACCAAAAAGUUACUUAAACCCGAGGAGUCUUUGAAAGAGAUGAAGGCUCGCCGUGAAGAAAGGAUUCUUGAGAAAAAUAAAAGGAAGCUUGAAAAGAAAAGAGAGAAGAGGAAGAAGAGACGCAUGUCCAAAAAAGUGUCGAAAUGAUGCAUAAAAAAUUAUUACACUUCUUGUU